AUGUUUAACAUACUAAAAUCGAAACAUAUAGCUCAUGGCCUGGUCCCUGCCGCUACCAUAGCUCCUAAACCUGCAGUUCCCCGCACCCCUCCCCCUCGUAGUCCAAACCCUUCUCCAGAAAGGCCCAGGUCUGCUCUAGCAGCAGCUAUCCUUGCAACAACACUAACAGGGCGCACUGUUGCUAUUCCUCAGCCUCGGCAGCGAUCACUUUCUGAAAGUGAUUCCACCUAUGUAGAACAAGAAUGCUUUGAACCAUAUGCCACAGCCACAGAGCUCAGAAUGGGGCCCAACUGGAAACUUGAUGGUAGCGACAGAUCUCCUGUACAGUCCCCGGAAAUAUCAGGCAAUUAUUGUGAGGAUGAGGACACGGAUACCUAUCUUUCAGAUGCUGAUAAAGAGGCAGAGUCCAGCUGUCAGAGUAAUGAGAAAAGGGGAGAAAGCUUUAGCACCAAUGCUAUUUAUGCUGUUCCCUGCAAAAAUAAAAAGGAAGAGUUUCCACCAUCUCCUAGUACUAAUGUUGACAAGAAAGAGGCGCCUUCUCAUGAAACUGAGUUUCGUGUGCUGGUGGAUGAGUCAAACAUGCAAAUAGAAGAGGACCAACAUCUUGGCUUGAAUUUAAAGGAAGAAAAAUCAUUAGCUGAAAACCUGAUACGUGAAAAGCCUCCACCAUCCCCAGAUGUGUCUACUCAGGCAAGACAAGCACGGAAGAAUAUGACUAAAGAAAAGUUCAGAGAACUGAAACAAGAAAAUUGGUCUCUGAACAAGGCAUACCAGGCUAUGGUCCAACAAUUUGAGAGAACAAAACAGCAAAUGGGAGAACAGCAAUUAAAGCUGAAGAGACUAGAACAAGAAAACAGAAGACUUAAAGAAGCUGCAGAGAAGUCACAAAGCGAAGAGGAGGCUGCAGAAUUACUUUCUCUCAGACAGCAAGCACAAGAACUGGUAGAUGAAAAUGAUGCUUUGAAAAUGACGGUCCAUCGUUUAAAUGUAGAAUUAAGUCGCUAUCAAACUAAAUUCAGGCCAUUGUCCCAAGAAGAGCAUCUAAAACUGAGAAGUUUACCCAUGAAAGGACCACCACCACCAUGGCUGUUGGAUAUGAAGUAUUUGUCACCUCUUCUUUUGGCAUAUGAAGAUAGAAUAAGAGAAAAGGAAGAUUUAAAUCUUGAACAUGAGGAGGAUAUGAAAAAUUUUAAAGUAAGAGUUGAAGAGUUGGUGAAGGAGAAUGAAGACCUGCAUGAGCAAUUAAAUAAAAAUAACUUUAUUACCCCUACAGAAUGGCAACAACUGCAAACUCAAGCCAAGCUGGUCUUGGAAGAAAAUGGAUUGUUGAUGCAGCAACUCGAAAUUCAACAAGCUAAAGCAAAAGAUAGUCACAGACAACAUGUUCAAGAAGCUUCAAAAUUGACCAAACAGAUAAUAAUCUUAGAAGAUAAGAAACAGAGUCAAGAAGAAGAGAUAGCAGAGUAUCAGAAGCAGCUGGAAGAUUUGCAUUCUACUUGUGAAGAGUUAAAAGCAAAGCUGAAUAGCAGAAUAGCAGCAGAGGAGCAUUUUGCUUUGGUGAAUGAUUUAAAAAGCCAUUUACAACAGGAGCAGGAGAAGAAGUGCUGUGAGGUGGAAGAUCUAAUGGGAAAGAUAGCAUCACUGCAAGCUCACAACAAGAAACUGCUUUUAGAGAAAAAUAAUUUCAUGGCUGACAACAAGAUCCUGGAAACUGAGAUGGAAUUGACACAAAAGACAAACAGGCGAUUAAAGAAGAAAGUAGGUCUUCUGAAACUGCAGUUGGAGGAAGCAAUGGAAAAAGAAGUUGCAGCCCAUCACUAUCUAACAAACCUUAUUGGUUUGGUGGAGAAGAUAGCUCAGGAACGUGAUCAUCUAAUUUUUUUGGCCAAAUGUUUGGAAAAUGAGAAUCAUGGUGUUCUUAACAAAAUAGUAGAAGGCAGUCUACGCUUAGGAAGACUGGAAGAAAAAGUUAAGGUAUAUAAAAAGAAAGCAGCUGGGAAGCUUGGAGAUAUCAGUCUCAAAAUGACUGAGCAGGAGAAGGAAUUCGCCGGGAAGACUGCUCAGUACCAGCAAGAAAUGCAGCAUCUCCAGCGCCUGCUGCAAGACAAGCAGGAGAGCCUCGCUGAAGUGCUGCAGCAGAAAAGGAAAGCGGAAGGGGAACUUGAAAUGAUCUGGGAAUCCACAUCCAAAGAAAACAGGAGAAUGAGAGAACUCUUAGAUAAAACCCUGGGGAAGAACAACAUGUGGAGCACUGUCACAGUUCAUGAGCCACACUUAGAUGAAAGCUUUCAGAAGGACCUAGUUUAUGGACAUGAAUUUAGUUAUUGUGAUGUGAAACCUUCAUCCCCUACUAAAAAUGAAGUUCAACAAGAAUCUCAGUGA